AUGUUCCUUGAGGCCAUAACACUCUUCAUCUCAGUGAUGAACCUAUCAAAGAUCAAAUCCAGGCGGAGGGAGGUGCUUCACUGGAAAUACCAACUUGUGAUUGGUUAUGUGCUCCCCACUCUUGUGGUCGGUGUAUCUGUGUCUGUUCAGUGUGACGGUUAUGACAGUGAGACGUGCUGGAUUAAGUUGGGGACGAAUUUUCUCUGGAGUUUUUUGGGUCCUGUUUGCUUCAUUCUUGUAAUGAAUUUGAUCCUCUUCAUCACCAUCAUCAUCACUCUUCAGUGUACACUGAUGCACCUGAGCGGUGAUGUCUCACAGAUCAAAACCAGCAGGACUAUGGUGUUCAAAGCGCUGGCCCAGUUUUUUAUACUGGGUUGCCCCUGGAUACUGGGGUUCUCCACAAACAUCAGUGAGGGGGCAGAGAUCAUCUUCCUUCUCCUCACUUCCCAGCAAGGCACCUUCAUCUUCCUGGUCCACUGUGUCCUCAAUGAAGAGGUCAGAAAGCAGUACAAAAAGUUGUGGUACACCCUCUGCCCUCACCAUGACAUCGAUGCAUUGUCAAAUGAGCAGAUGACAGAGACAUUAUUUACAUCACUUGAUCCUGAAUUUGCUGUCUUUGUGGUGUCCACGGUUGGCAUUCCUUCCAUAGCUGAGGAGGCCUAA